AGACACGGAGCCACAUGGCCACCACCCCAACCCCAGUACAAACGCAUUGCAGUUGCAGCGUGCUGCCCCUGCUCCGCUGUGCGCCGUGCCGCGCCGCGCUGUGUGUGUGUGUGGUGUCCUCCUCUCCAGCUGCUCCAAGCACCGCCCGUCCCUCACCUCACCGCACCGCACCUCCAGCCGACGGGACCCCGCCGCCGCAAAAAGUACCCGCAGCAGGGCGUUCUCACUUCCCCCGCUCCCGUCUCCAUCAUGAAGCGCCUGCUCCGGCGCCUCUCCCGCGUGGCCGCGGCCGACGCGUGCGCCGCCGCCGCGUACCAGCCGCUCCGGCCGGACGCCGCGGCCGCGUCCGCCAAGGCGGCCGCGCUGUCCGGCGCGCGGCGGCUGGGCGGCGGCGCGCGCGUGCCGGAGGGCCACGUGCCCGUGUGCGUCGGCGAGGAAGGCGGGCCCGUGGAGCGGUACGCCGUGCGCGCCGAGCUCCUCGGCCGCCCGGCCUUCGCCGCGCUGCUCCGACGCGCCGCGCAGGAGUACGGGUACGGCCACCCCGGCGCGCUCCGCAUCCCCUGCCCCGUCGCCGACUUCCGCGACCUCCUCCUCCAGCUCUCCUCCUCCGCCUGCGCCGCCGCGGACCACCCCGUCGACGACGACGCGGCGCUCUGCUACUACUACUAGGCUUCGGAUUCGGAUUCGGCCCGGCAUCCCCCCGACACACCUCCGGCGCCCACCACCACCGCUCUCCUCCCCGUCGCCGCAUCGCAUUUGCCGCGGAGGGCGUAAUUGAGAUUUGCCCUUGCCCCCCUCGGUGAACCCAAACUGAAACGGCAGCGCCAAGUGCUGCUCGUUUUCUUCUUACCGAAUUACCCCUGCGUGGGGCGCCUGUGCUUGUACAUACGGGAGGGUUAAGUUAACUGUGGUGGAUCCGUGGAUGUGGGGUACAACGGGGAUUUUCUCCUGCAGCUCAACAGUUUUAGUGCCUGCUGUCUGGUAGUAGGAUUUUUCUUUCUUUUUUCUUUUGUCUGCUCCUCCCGUGUUUUUGGGUCUUCUUCGUCUAGAUCUAGCUCAGGCAGGCAGUCUUGCUGUAGCUCUAGCGGUGGUUGUAAUGGAGUAGUAGUGACUGGGCACUACCUGCCUGUUGUUAUGUUUUUUUUUUUCCUACUAUGGGUUUUGAGAUCUUAACAAUACUCCAAUGUACUGAACUCAAGCCGCAAGGCUGGUGAAUGGUGAUCUCGUGACUGAGACCGAGGAAAUCCAGUGCAAAAUGCCAAAAAUUCGCUCU